GGCUCACUCCAAGCAACAUCACGAAAUCUCCAAAAAUACCUACAAAUCGUACCACUACCGCAUCUUCAAUUGACACAUCCCACCAUGUUUCUCCAACGCUCAGCCAUUGCUGCUGCUCGCAGAGCAGCCGUCUCUCCCGUCAUGAGACGCAGCUUCACAUCUAGCAUCAUCAGAAGAGAAGCCGCACCACCGGCCGGAUCGAGCGACCGAAAGAUUAAAACAUUCGAAGAAAUCAAGACCGAGGCCGAUCUCGUCGGACCCGGUGCCGCGCCAGGAACCAUCCCUACCGAUCUCGACCAAGCCACUGGUCUCGAGCGUCUUGAGAUCUUGGGAAAGAUGCAGGGAGUUGACAUUUUUGAUAUGAAGCCUUUGGAUGCUUCCCGAAAAGGCACGUUGGAUAACCCAAUCAUUGUCAAGUCUUUCGGUGAUGAACAAUAUGCUGGUUGUACUGGAUACCCAGUUGACUCGCAUGUUACUAUCUGGCUUACAAUGUCCCGCGACCGCCCCGUUGAGCGUUGCCCAGAGUGCGGAAACGUUUUGAAGAUGGAAUAUGUUGGUCCACAAGAAGAUGCUCACGACCACCACCACGACCACCACGAUGAUGGACACCACAACUACGAAGAGCCAAAGACCUUUGCUGAUUUCGUUAAGCCAGAAUACAGAUAGAUGGAGAGGGAAGGGGUUUCGGAUGUGUUGACAACGUUAGACGAGGGUAGGAAUGUAGAAUAGUAGAGCGUGCGAAGUUGACAUAUUCUCAUAACUUUCCACUAGUCGUGCUCGAUUUGCUUACAUUGAAGGUGCGCUUUCAUGAUCGAUUUUCAAUACCUAAAAGUUUCAAUUUUGAA